AUGUCGACGAUCGCAUCUGAAGAAAAAAUAAAAAUCCGUCUUCGUUAUUGGAAUGUACGUGGCCGAAUUCAACCAAUCCGGUUCAUGCUUGAGGAUGUUGCAGCUAAAUAUCCAAACGUAGAUUAUCAGGAGGAUUUCGAAUUAUUAGAAAAAGCCGCUGAACAAUGGCCUAUUCACAAGGCAGAUAGUAAAAUUUCAGGUCCGUUUGGUAAUCUACCAGUACUCACUUGGAAUGAUACAGACAUUAUCGCGCAAACUCUACCCAUCGGACAAUUCAUUGCACGCAAAUUCGGUAUGUAUGGUACACCGAAAACAGCAAAUGCAGAUCCUGUUGUUUUUCAAGGACUUAUUGAUGGUGUUGUCUCGUGUGCCUACACAGAUGUUAUCAUGAGUUUAUUUUUGAUUCUCUAUAGUCAGGUUGAAUUUGACAAUCCGGAGCACGCAUAUGCAAUGCUGAGUUCGACACCAUUUUUCUAUGAUCAACACGAACCAACCAUUGCGGAUUAUUUUGUAUUUUAUGCAUUUACACUGGCAAAAGACUUUCAUUCUGCUUUGUUGCCGACUGAAGAAGGUUCGGAAGCAUUGCGUAAAUUUGAACAGGUAAUGCGAGAACGUCCAGCAUUAGCCAAAUAUUUUAGUGAAAGUCGUCUAUUCGAUCGAUUCAGUGGUUCGCCAACCGAACAAGAAUAUCGAGCGAAAAUUGCUGCAACAAAAGUUUGA